UCGUUCCCUCAGCAUCAUUCUGAGCUUCAUCUCCUCGGCUGGAAUCACACAAGAUGCAUCUGUAGGCUGAAAAUCACUCUAUUGGAUUUUCUAAGGCUUUUCCCCGCACCGGAUCUGGGAUAGAUGCUGGAAACGGACUUUGGACGGAGACGGGAUGAGGGCUGUUAAAAUCAACAUGUUGAGGAGGACAAACCGGACCGUACUGAUGAGAAGUUAAGAAGCGGACAUUCAUCCGUCGCCCGUCAUUUCAGCAGCGCGUUUGGACGCUCCUCAUGCUCUCGUUGGGACUCUCGUUUUUGCACGGUCUCUGUGUUGUUAUGUGGUCUAAUUGCGCGGUUAUGUAACUCUAAGUGCUUUCCGUGGUUGGAAAUACCGGGUCUGUCGGUAUCGCUCAUGCACCGGUGCAUGCAUUGCAUGCACGAGAGACGCGGUGGUCCGCACCGUGAAUCUGCACCGAAUCUGCACGAUCGUCCCCGAACCGACCGGACCCGCGUCCCUCCCUCUCCCGUGAGAUGGCCGCGGCGAUCGCCAGCUCGCUCAUCCGACAGAAACGCCAGGCGCGCGAGUCAAACAGUGACCGAGCGGCGUCCGGUAAGCGCCGCUCCAGCCCCGGUAAGGAGCCCUCCGGCCGAGGCUCCCUGUGCGAACGGCACCUGUUCGGACUCUUCGGUAAAGUCCGAUUCUGCAGCGGGAAAAAACGACCCGUGCGCCGGAAACCAGAGCCUCAGUUGAAGGGGAUAGUGACCAGGCUCUUCAGCGAGCAGGGCUUCUACUUGCAGAUGCAACCGGACGGAACCGUCAGCGGGACCAAAGAUGAAAACAGCGACUACACUCUGUUUAAUCUGAUCCCGGUGGGUUUGCGGGUCGUGGCGAUACAGGGCGUGAAGGCCGGACUCUACGUGGCCAUGAAUGGAGAGGGUUUCCUUUUCUCCUCGGAAGUGUUCACAGCGGAGUGUAAGUUUAAGGAGAGCGUGUUUGAGAAUUAUUACGUGAUCUACUCGUCCACGCUGUACCGCCAACAUGAGAGCGGACGCGCCUGGUUCCUCGGACUCAAUAAAGAAGGACUCAUCAUGAAGGGAAACCGGGUCAAGAAAACUAAACCGUGUUCACACUUCGUGCCCAGACCCAUUGAAGUGUGUAUGUAUAAGGAGCCGUCGCUGCAUGAUAUUGACGAGAAGCAACGGUCCAGGAAAAACUCAGGAACUCCCACUAUGGGCACCAGGAAAGAGAUCAACCAGGACUCUACCGAUCAUGAAGGCUCAUAGCCACACACACGCAUACACACUGACCUGUAAAUGUACACACACAUACACACUCACACACACACACACACACACACACACACACACAUAUGGUGACCCCUGGAGCUGAAUGCUUUCUUACACCCGAACAAACAACAGCAAUUUCAGCAUCGACAAACAUCAACCGAAACAAAAAUUAACGACGUAACAUGAUAAAAAAAAAAAAACAACAUAUUAAAAAAGCUGAAUCUUGCCUGUGAAAAUAUUUUAGGAGUCUCUGAAAAAAAUCAGGACAUGAUUUUACAUUUUAUGCAAAGUCUGGCAAGAGUCUGUUCGCGUCACGUGCUCGUGGAGACGCGUGAGGGUGUUUUCUUUCGGGAGUCUGAGCUUUAAAGCCAUGUUCGAUGAUCACACGUUGAUUUAUGAAUGCCAAAAGCACUUUCACUCACCGCUAUACGUCGCUCACCUCAUUAAUAUCGAAUGUUCUCAUCGAUUGUGUCCUCCAAUCAUUGCUCUGUUUUUUUAUUCUGGGUGGGAGGGGGAGGGGGCUUGUGAACUCUGCUCUCGGAUUGGCUGGAGGGUUCAGGAACAUGCUCUGCUGAUAGGCUCGGACUGGAACGGAAGCUGCUUCAUCUCAUUCCACUGUAUCAAAUGUCAUAUUCCACACUUCUGUAGCAUUUUACGUUGAAUCCCCUCUUAUAAUGUUACUCGACGUUCAAAAAUGUCUGAAACAGGCUUGCUACUGUACCUUUAAGACUUGUUUAUGUAAAUGAACUGUUACGACUGGUGAACGUUUAUUGGGGCGGGCCGCUGAAUAGGUGUUGAUGUGUAAAUGUGGGUGGAGAUAUGUUAAUGAGCUUAUGGUUACGAUGUCAUAAUCAUGACGAUUUCUGAGCCAGUAAAUGGCGCAGCGAAUGUUACAAACAUCCACACAGAACUCUUUUAUUUGAAAGGAGUGAGGAAAAAACUUUUUCCGUGGUGUUUCGAAUGUAUUCAAAAUCACAAUCUGAGAUUUUGCAUUCAGUAAACGGAUCCGUCUGCUCUCAUUUCACCGUACGCCUGUUUUCAAACCGCUCUCUCAGAGAGAUCGGGGUUUUUUAUCCUGCCAAAAGCACAGACUGCCCUCUGAGUAACUAAACUGGACGAAACCACUUCAAGCCAGAGAAUAUACUGCCCCGGCUUUCCUUCGCUCAGUGUUUUUUUUUUUAAUCACUCCCCGUUAAAACGCAGGCUGUGUUCAGAAUGGAGUGCUAGCGUACUGUUUACUGCACAGUAUAUACUUAAUACUGCCUCAUAUUUUUUUAAAAAUAGUAUGUGAAAUGGUGCACAACAGUAGUGUGCUACAUUUUUUUUCACUAUGUUGCAUGUCUAAUUCAGCAGAUGUCUGAAAUAAAUGCAUGUAAAUUUUGUGUAAAGCAUCCAUUAAAAAAAGUGUAGUUCGUUUUUCACGCUGUAAAUAGAAAGUCGAAUGCAUUGCAUUGUGGGAUAGUGUUCUACUGGAACUUUGCAAGACUGAUGCUGUUAUUGGAUUAAAUUGUAUUAGCAUUACUAAAUACGCUGAAAUUAGAUUUGUUUCAUAAUUGCAUUUUGCAACAUUAACACUGUUGUUUUCCUGUUUAUGACUGUGAAGCUGCUUUGAAACAAUCUGUGCUGUAUAAAUAAGCCGCUCAGCUUUAGGUAGAUGUCUUAGCUCCUGCCGUGCAUAAGAACAUUUGCAUACUGUGCACAGUAUGCAUACUAUAUACUGCGGAAAGAGUGAGGAUAGUAUGCUAGAAUGCCGUUCUGAGCACAGCCACGUUCCCUGAUUCAGCUCAGUGCGUUUCUGAUUGGUUACUCGAGUCCAGGUUCCUUCCCCUUUAAAUGCGAUCGACCUGUUCAUUGGUCAGAUCCAUCGACGUAAAGGCCAAACAGCCGUCGGCUGGGUUUCUGAGAA